GAAAACGAAGAAGGUCAAGAAUUUCCUGUUACCAAAUAUCUUCAUCAUCAGAAAUCUGUAACGGUUUUCAAUGGAAAUGGCCUUGACAGUGCGUUGAAAUUGUAUGGCAGAGGAACUCUCGGGUGGCAUCGGACUUGAUGCUCCGAAGAAGAGUCACAAGUGGUAGAAUUUCUGCAGGACGGCCUUGGCUGUAUGGAUUAUUGACAUGCAAUAUUUUGACAGUGAUUUGGAUGCGCGCUAACGUUAGCAAACAUUAGCUUAUCCAGCUGUGAUUUGGGCUACUUUAUAUAGGAUAGCUAGCUAGCCAGCUAAUAGAUGUGGAUAACAGCUACACGGAUCUGACCGUUUACAGUAACGUUAAUAACAUAAGUCAUAUGUAAGGUCAAAUGACUUUAUUCUGUGGUAUGAGCAACUCAUGCAUGCGUAAUUAACGUUGCACAGCUUGCAAGUCUAACUAGCUAACAUAUCGCAUAGCUAACAUUGCAGUAAUUGGGUUUACAUAGCCCUCGGUAGUGAUAGGGAACAUUUACGUCCAGCGUUAACCGUUAGCUAACAAAUUAAGCUAACGGUACUGUGCUCUGGUUUAUCCAACAUCAUUGGGUUGUUUCUCGGUUAUUAUUGACACCAACUAGUAGUGAUCUUGCUUGAUCUCAGAUAGCAAUACGUACAUCGCUGUUUUAUGAACGCUGCGUAACGGAUUAUGUGCGCUCUUUCACUGAAUGUGAGGCAGCGCUAUUUUACUGAAUGUGUUGCCUCAGUGAGAAGUGAUUUAUGUUAGGGAAUCUGAGCGCAACCUACUAGCUAGCUAAGAGCGAAUGCUAGGGGCCGCCUAAGAUGUUUAUUUUGAUAUCCUUGUAGCUGAUGAGCUACCACUCUGUGGCUUGCUUGAUAGCUUUUUUUCCAUAGGGUAGGAUGUUGACUAUUAACUUGCUAUUCUAAAUACCGCACUCUAUGUAUCCAGCUGUUUUGAAAUAGAAAUGCAAAUCCGGCGAACAUUCGGUUUAGCGCACAAACUACAUAGUACCACUUAAUAUCUAACGUUACCGAAAUUGCCUGGCUGUCAAUGUUGUCAUCUUUGGCAGCUGCAUGUUAAUGUAUGUUGCCGAUCAUUCAUCUUGGAUGUCAGACUAAGCUAAACUGAUGAGUAAGCAAGCAAAGUGGCACCAUAUGGCAGAGUAAAUUACAACGAGUAACUUGUUAAUAUUGCCCUUGUUUUUAACUAACAUUAACUGAUCAGUAGCCUGUAGGUAGUCAGCUAUAUAACACAUAAACGAACGUUACUCCCAUCAGUCAACUGCCCCGGGCUCAUAUCUUAUUAAAUCAAAGCCAUUCUGGUGGCCUGGAAACCAAAGCUUUACGAAACCACUUGCUAAGAAUUUAUAAUCAUGAAGAAGUUCUUUGACUCUCGUCGAGAGCUGGUUAGUUCUGGGCCUGGCUCGGGUGGUGGUGGUGGUGGAUCCAGCAGCGCUGGUGGCAACUUCAUCGGACGCAUGUUUACCAUCGGACGUCAUCAAGUCACAGUCGACGAAACACUAGCUGAAGGGGGGUUUGCCAUUGUCUUCCUGGUGCGGACACAUCAGGGCGUCCGCUGCGCACUGAAGAGGAUGUACGUCAACAACGAGCACGACCUCCAGGUCUGCAAGCGCGAGAUCCAGAUCAUGAAGGACCUUGUGGGCCACAAGAACAUCGUGGGCUACCUGGACUCCAGCAUCUCGGCGGUGGGCGGGGGCGACGUCUGGGAGGUCCUCAUCCUCAUGGACUACUGUCGAGGGGGGCAGGUGGUGAACCUUAUGAAUCAGCGCCUCCAGACUGGCUUCAGUGAGCAGGAAGUGAUGCAGGUCUUUUGUGAUACCUGUGAGGCCGUGGCUUGUCUGCACCAGGGCAAAAGUCCCAUCAUCCAUCGGGACCUCAAGGUGGAGAAUAUCCUGCUGCACGAUAGAGGCCACUAUGUGCUUUGUGACUUUGGCAGUGCCACCAACAAGUUCCAGAACCCACAGGCCGAGGGGGUCACCGUGGUGGAGGAUGAAAUCAAAAAGUACACCACUCUCUCCUACCGUGCACCUGAGAUGGUCAAUCUCUACAAUGGCAAGAUCAUUACCACCAAAGCCGACAUCUGGGCCAUGGGCUGUUUGCUGUACAAGCUAUGUUACUUCACCCUGCCGUUUGGCGAGAGCCAGGUGGCCAUCUGUGACGGCAACUUCACCAUCCCGGACAACUCCCGCUACUCUCAGGCCAUGCACUGCCUCAUCCGCUACAUGUUGGAGCCUGACCCUGACAAGCGUCCGGACAUCUAUCAGGUGUCUUACUUUGCUUUCAAACUGGCACGCCGGGACUGUCCUGUACAGAACGUCAAGAACUCUCCCAUCCCUACCAAACUCCCCGAGCCCAUUCGAGCCAGUGAGGCAGCUGCCAAGAAAAGCCAGAGUCAGACCAAGGCCAGGUUGACAGACCCCAUCCCCACCACGGAGACCUCCAUCACCCCCCGCCAGCGGCCCAAAGCCGUGCAGUCCCAGGCCAUAGGGGGCAUUCUGCCCAUCCAGCCUGCAGCACUCACCCCACGCAAGAGAGCCAACCUGCCUACUGGCACUGCCCAGCCCAUAGCUGUGAAUCUCGCCCAGCCAGCUGCAGCCCUGCAGUCACAGAAAGCCUUGCCCUCUCAGCCUGCUGUUCCUGAGCCCAAACCGCCAGCUGCAGCUGUGCUGCAAGCUACGCUCCCUGCGGCAGCAAGUCCCGUCCCUCAGAAAGCGGCUGUCCAACCACCGUCCAGCCCUGCCCCGCCCACAGCCCCGGCUCGCAGCGCGCGCCGUAAACAACAGCAGGCUCCUUCUGCCCAGCCCACUGCUGCUCAGCAGCCAAUAGCAUCGGCUCCAGCCACUGCAGGACAGCAGCAGCAGCCAAUAGCAGCAGCUUCCCAGCAAGUCCCGCCCCCUUCCCAGCAAACAGCCAGUCCUCAAGCAGCGGCACAAGCUCUGGCCAAUCAGGAAGAGGCUGAGGAGACGGCUGCGGUGGGUCAGUCCCAGACCCCCCCCUCAUCCCCAUGCUCUGCCCAGCGGGGGGGCCACAGGCGUAUCCUUAGUGACGUGACCCACAGUGCCUUGUUCGGUGUGCCGGCCAGCUCGUCCACUCAGCAGCUGCAGGCUGCAGCCGCUGAGGCCAGCCUCAACAAGUCCAAGUCAGCGAGUGCCACUCCAUCCAACUCCCCCCAGUCGUCUCAACAGAGCGUGUACCAGCCUGCCCAGGACACUGACCCCCCCUCCAGUGCCCCCACAGCCACCGUUGCCCCCGCCACUGCCGCCACAGCCACCGUUGCCCCCGCCACAGCCGCCCCCACAGCUGCUGUUGCCUCCGCCUCUGCUGCCCCAGGCCCCGCCUCAACCACCUCCUCUGACCAGCCCGCCUGGAACCCGUUUGGAGACGACAACUUCUCCAAGCUCACCGCCGAGGAGCUGCUCAACAAGGACUUUGGCAAGCUGGGCGAUGAAAAGCCUGCUGAUGCUGGGAGUGACAGCUCCUGUGAAGAUUUGCUUCCAGGCUUUGCCACCCCCCACACUGCAGAGAGCACCUCUCAACCAGCUGAGAGACCUGCUGAUAUCCUGGGUCUGGACACCUCAAACUCUCUCCUCAGCGUCCCUGUUCCAGAGAAGCUUAUCGAAGGCCUCAAGUCUCCGGACACGUCCCUUCUGCUGCCGGACCUGCUGUCCCUCAACGACCCCUUCGGCAGCUCACUGGAGCCCCCUGCAGAUGCAGGUGACCCAGAGGUGUGUGAUUCUCUCAUCCCAGGUUUGCUGCCUCAGGCCCAGGGGCAGCCCGCUCUGGUGGACACAGACCCUUUGAUUGGUGAGGGCUCUCUGCUGGGAGGAGACUCCUCCUCCUGUCUUGACCAGUUCGCCCCCGUCUCUGGAGGGUCUUCUCAACCCAUAGCAGACUCGUCCUGCCUCCUCUCCGGCCUUGACCCCCCCCUGAGCUCAGAGAAAGGCACAGAGGACGAGUUUGACCCCAUCCCCGUGUUGGUCUCCAAAAACUCCUCCCAAGAAGCCCAGCAGGGUGUCAACGGCUACGGUGUGUAUGUGGAACCCCAGGCAGGGCCGCUGUUGGAGGCUCUGGCAGACGGCAUCGGGGAGGUGCGAGUAGCCGCUGAGGAGGCUGUGGUGGUGCCCCCCCCUGACCAGCCACAACUGCUGCUUCUGCUCCAGGCGCCCCCCCAGCAGUCCAGCGCGUCCUUCACACAGCCCCCCCACCAAGGGCAAAUGCAGGACACCCAGUCGCCCUUCGAUGAUGUGUUCAUGGGCGCACCCUUCCGCCCAGGCAACGCAGACGUGUUCAGCAGCGCUCCGUUCCCCCUGUCCCAGACCCACCAUAAACCCCCCCAACCCGCUCACGCCCCCCAACCUGCUCACGCCCCCCAGCCCGACAUUUUCUUGCAGGCGCCCUUUGGUAAGAGGACUGGGGUCAAUGCCACCUCCACCACUGCUACAGCCAACGCCUGUGGGGCGCCCCCUUCUCUUCACCCUUCUCAGCCUGUCCAGCCUCCCCCCCAGACACACAUGCUCACCCCUCACAGGACCCCCGAGCAACCCCCCCCUCUGGGUCCUGUGCCGUCCCUGGGCAUGGGUGUGGGUGCGGGAAUGGGUGCCCCCGUGCGUCUCCUGCGCUGCUCAGAGGUGCCCCUGCCCCAGCAGCCCGUGGCUGCCCAUCGCGUGGUCUCCUCUGUGGGACAGCAGGCUGCCGUGGGCUCCGUGCCUGUCGGGCCCCUCCACUCCUGGGCGGUGGGCAUGGGCAUGGGCUUGGGUAUGGGGGUGCGGGUACCCGUCGUGGACCCAUUUGUUGCGGCGCCCUUCCACCCCAGGGGCACACAGGGGAAGCCUUGACCCGCCGAGCUAAAACUUCCUUAGCCUCCCAAACCCCUUAAACACACACACAUGCACGUAUGUGUGUACACAUACACACAGAUUAUUCAACCCACAGUUGACUUUGGUGUCCUAGGGGGUAUACUAAGUACGAGGUUUAGCCGGGAUCACAUUAGCCAGCGGCAAACGUAACGCAACACUCAGACCAUAAUAAGUUUUAUCUCGUUCCUAAGCAACACAAACGGUUUGUCAAUUGUAUACACUGGCAUUGCGCUUUAAAAGAUGAACCAAGUUCAACGCUCAGCUUCUUAAACGCUAGCGUUUAGAGAUGCACCGAUUGCAAUUUCUUGGGCCGGUUCCAAUUUCCGAUUUUUCAUAGAGU